AUGUCAUACCCUCAGCAAUCUCCCGCGCAGAGGCCGCCGCCUCUGCGACAAUAUAACAACGCCCCUCCGCCCUCUGUGGCAUUGCCGGGGGGAUACUCGCAAGAUGGCCCCUAUGCAGGCUAUGGCGAUGGCGGCAUGAGCAAUUCGGACUAUCACAACGCGGAUCCAGGAUACGACGAUGCAGCGUAUAGUUACCGGUCUAAUUCUGCGGCUUCGGGACCAUACACACCCCCGCAGUCACAGCCACGGUCGAUGCGCCCACCAGGCCCUCCAGGCCCUGGAUACGGACGACCACCCGGCCCCGAUGACCGACGAGGCUACCCUCCUGGUCCCGGAGGAAGACCACCACCACAAAAACGAUCAAGAACCCCUGGCGGACGCCCACCCCCAGGCGCUAGCUUUGACAAUCCCUUCCCUUCCUUUCCCCCAGGUGACCCAAGAGGAGAUCCUAGAGGAGAUCCGCGAGACCGAAGACCCCCCAGAGAUCCGAGAGACCGCCGCGGUCCGCCUCGAGGCAUUGAGAAUGGCAUGGCUGCGAUGGACAUCAAUGGCAGAGGCCCUCCUCCCCGGCCACACACUUCAAAUUCAAAUGGGAGACGCCCGGAUAUGCGAGGACCGCCUCCGCGCGGACCUCCCCCUGUCAGAGGCCGAGGCGGAUACCCGAUGGGCCCAGUGCGAGCUGCCAGCUCUGGUAGACCGGACCGCCCUUAUAUCGAUCCCAUGGGCCCACCGAUGCAUCCGCCAGGACGAAGUGCAACGAUGCCGCUUGCGCCAGGUUCUCCAAUGGGACCUCCAAUCGCUCCGAUGUACCCGGGGCAAUCGACCUACCAAGAAUCCGAUUUCCCAGCAAGUCCCAUUGUCGAAUCUCCCAUGCGUCCCAAUACCGCUGGAAGUAUGCGACCUCCGCGAUCCCGGGCACCCAACGAUAUAGACUCUGGAUUGAUGAUUCCGCCGGAACCCGCCAAUCGCGUUUCAUACGCGCCCAAGGACUUCUUGGAUAGUUACUACGAGUCUGGUGGUGGCGACGAACCCGAUAUGCCUAAUUUUGAUGCUAUUCCAGAUGCUAAGCAGCAUGGACCGAUUGAUGAGAUGGGAUUGGACACACCAACAGGUCGGAGACCCGGCCCUGGUCCAAAUUCUUCUCCCGGUGGAGACUAUUCUUCAUACUCUCCAGGCACAGAUGCUCAACGCUCUCAAUCCCACCCCAAUAUCCGACAGGUCGAGGUGAACCAGUUCGAGAAUGCGGGAUUCCAGUUCGAUAUUCCGGGAGAAGCGCCUUCUGCCAUGGACCACCAAGACCCUGGUUAUGGCCCCAAUGGCUACGGGGAUUAUGGCGGUUACUCCCACGGCCCUGCGCCGGUUCGGAUGAACCAACCAGCCUACCCCCCGGAGCAGCCUGAUCUGUCAGACCCCCGCAAAAUCCCGAUGCUCUGCCUCACCACCCAGCCCCAUUCCGUCCCGGUCAUGAUGCGGCCUCAAAACCUGCACCGCUUCGCCACUGCAAGUGUCCCGACGCCAGUCACGCAGGAAGAGUUGCAGCGGCUGCAACAACAGGUGCGAGGAAAUCCUUCGGACCAAAAGACGCAGCUUCUUCUCGCCAAGAAGCUGGUUGAAGCAGCCACAGUUCUCAUUGAAAACAACAGCCGCCUCGAUCCGAAAACCAAGGCCAAGGCUAAGGAGAAGUAUAUCCUUGAUGCCCACAAAAUCGUGAAGAAGCUUGUCGCGGCCGGAUACUCUGAAGCACAAUUCUUUUUGGCUGAUUGCUAUGGUGAGGGCCUUCUGGGCCUGGAAGUCGACCCUAAAGAAGCGUUCUCGCUCUACCACUCCGCUGCGAAGCAAGGCCACGCCCAGUCUGCAUACCGUGUAGCAGUCUGUUGCGAAAUUGGCCAAGAAGAAGGCGGCGGUACCAAGCGCGACCCGUUCAAAGCCGUCCAAUGGUACAAGCGCGCCGCUGCCCUAGGCGACACACCCGCGAUGUACAAAAUGGGUAUGAUCAAUCUUAAGGGAUUGCUCGGUCAAGCCCGCAACCCUCGGGAGGGUGUCUCCUGGCUCAAGCGGGCAGCAGACCGCGCAGACGAGGAAAACCCACAUGCUCUUCACGAGCUCGCUCUCAUGUACCUGAACGCCGGCCCCAACGAUAUAAUUGUCCGCGACGAGCAGUACGCCAGCCAGCUCUUCCACCAAGCUGCUGAAUUGGGCUACAAGUUCUCCCAGUUCCGUCUCGGCAAUGCGUACGAAUACGGUCUCAUGGGAUGUCCUGUUGAUAAUCGCACGAGUAUCAUCUGGUACACCCGUGCCGCAGCCCAAGGCGAACACCAAAGUGAGCUUGCUCUCAGUGGCUGGUACCUCACCGGAUCCGAAGGCAUCCUGUCACAAAAUGACACCGAGGCCUACCUUUGGGCUCGCAAAGCCGCCACCGCCGGUCUCGCAAAGGCAGAGUAUGCGAUGGGAUACUUCACCGAGGUAGGAAUCGGCGCUACUGCCAAUCUGGAGGAUGCAAAGCGGUGGUACUGGCGUGCAGCUGCCCAAGGAUUCCCCAAGGCUCGUGAACGUCUGGAGGAUCUCAAGAAGGGUGGAAGCAGGAUGCAAAAGACCCGUCUCUCUCGCUCGGCUGUUAACAAGCAGAGUGAUGGUGAUUGUGUCCUAAUGUAA